AUGGCUCCCAUCAAGGUCGGCAUCAACGGCUUCGGUCGUAUCGGACGUAUCGUCUUCCGCAACGCCGUCGAGCACCCCGAGGUCGAGAUCGUUGCCGUCAACGACCCUUUCAUUGAGACCAAGUACGCUGCCUACAUGCUCAAGUACGACUCCACCCACGGCAUCUUCAACGGCGACAUCCAGCAGGAUGGCAACGACCUUGUCAUCAACGGCAAGAAGGUCAAGUUCUACACUGAGCGUGACCCCGCUGCCAUCCCCUGGAAGGACACCGGCGCCGACUACGUCGUCGAGUCUACUGGUGUCUUCACCACCAUCGACAAGGCGAAGGCCCAUCUUCAGGGCGGUGCCAAGAAGGUCGUCAUCUCUGCUCCCUCUGCUGAUGCCCCCAUGUACGUGAUGGGUGUCAACGAGAAGACCUACGACGGCAGCGCCGACGUUAUCUCCAACGCUUCUUGCACCACCAACUGCUUGGCUCCCCUCGCCAAGGUCAUCAACGACAAGUUCACCAUCAUUGAGGGUCUCAUGACCACUGUCCACUCCUACACUGCCACCCAGAAGACCGUUGACGGUCCCUCCGCCAAGGACUGGCGUGGUGGCCGCACCGCUGCUCAGAACAUCAUUCCCAGCAGCACUGGUGCCGCCAAGGCUGUCGGCAAGGUCAUUCCUGAGCUCAACGGCAAGCUCACUGGCAUGUCCAUGCGUGUGCCCACCGCCAACGUCUCCGUCGUUGACCUGACUGCCCGCAUCGAGAAGGGCGCCAGCUACGACCAGAUCAAGGCCGCCAUCAAGGAGGCUGCUGAGGGUCCCCUCAAGGGCGUCUUGGCCUACACUGAGGACGACGUCGUCUCCACCGACAUGAUCGGCAACCCCAACUCCUCCAUCUUCGAUGCCAAGGCCGGUAUCUCCCUCAACGACAACUUCGUCAAGCUCGUCUCCUGGUACGACAACGAGUGGGGAUACUCUCGCCGUGUCCUCGACCUCUUGGCCCACGUUGCCAAGGUUGACGCCUCCAAAUAA